AAAAAAGUAAAUUCAAGAUGGUGUCUAAAAAGUUGGAAAAGAUUUACACAAUUUGGGGCAAAAUAGGCCUAUUCUGUGGCCUAUUUGGUGUAGUUCUUACCAUUGUUGCAUUUGUCAGUGGACAUUGGUUUGAGGCAGAAAAGGAUUCAGACUCUCAUUUCAAGCGAUUAGGCCUUUGGGAGGCUUGUUUUGAUGGAUACCAUCACCCAGCAAAUUAUGUGGGAAAAGUUCAUCGAGGAUGCUGGUGGAUUCUUCACGUUGAAUACUGGUACAUCAGAAGUUGGCUCUUACCUUGUAAGUUCAAUUAUAUUUUCAAAUAGAUUUUCAAUAACUGUGUCAGAAUUAUUUGUUUUCUGUCUUUCAGAUAACUGAUAAAAGUUUGUUGGACAUUGUU